UUGCCUCACUGUUCUUCACGUUGCAUGAUUUUCAAUCUCAGUGUUUUGCUAUGUGCUAUGUGUUCGCUAAUGCACACAUAAUUGCAAAAAUGCCGAAGGUAUUAAACAAAAGGAAGCGCUUAACUUUUGAAGAGAAAUGUCAGUUGAUACGAGAAGUGAAAUCAGGUGUCCCAAAACAGUACGUGAUACAGAAAUAUGGGAUCAGCGAGAGGAUGUACAGGAAAGUGAUGUCUCGCGAAGGUGAUUUAAACAACAAGGGUGAAAGUUUAGAAUAUCAAAACAAGAAAUCGUCAAGAACAAGUAGUGAUGUGCGUUUGGAUGCUGCUAUCUUUGAAUGGUUUAAGCAAGCUAGAGACAGAGGUGAUCCACUAUCCGGGCCGAUUAUUCAAGAGAAAGCUCGCAUUUUGGACGAAAAGCUCAAUGGUUCUCAAACUUUUAAAGCAAGCAAUGGUUGGCUAUAUGCUUUCCAGAAGCGGUAUGGUGUUCGACUGAAAGGAGAAAAAACGUCCAAUGAUCCUUCAGGUGCUGCAGAAUUUUCGCCAAUUUUUACAGCAAAAAUUCAAUCCGAAAAUUUAAAACUAAACAACAUUUACAAUGCAGACGAAUCCGGUAUUCUCUGGCGACUUUGGACGGCGUGCACUCUUCCUCUACGUAUAGAAGAAAAAGAAUCUUUGGAGAGAGAAGAAUGCAAAGAUCGUGUCACGGCUUUAUUCUGUGCCAAUGCCUCUGGAAAUCAUCGAAUUCCACUCUUGUUAAUUGGAAAAUCUGAAACCCCAACAUGUCUCCACAAUCUAAUGAAAAAAUAUUCAGAAGAUCAACGGUUAAAAAACUUGCAAAGUCUCGGUGUUAUUUAUACACACCAGAACAGUGCAUGGAUGGACAAGUCUAUAUUCUUGCUAUGGUAUAAGAACGAGUUUAUUCCGCGAGUUUUAGAACGUCAAAGACAGGAUGCAAUAGCGGGAAAGGUUGUUUUGCUCCUUGACAAUGCUCCAUGCCAUCCGAGUUUGGACGAACUCAACGCAAUAAACGAAAACUUUGAAGUCGUAUAUUUACCUCCGAAUGUCACUGCGUCGAAUCAACCCAUGGCUCAGGGAUUAAUCGCGACGACAAAAAAACUGCUCAAGAAAGAAUUGUUGAAACGUUUAUUGCUCAGUGAGGAAUCAGACGGAGCUGUUGAGUUUUUAAAAGAAUUGGACCUGCCGGAUUGCUUUGGCAUGCUCAGCCUCGCCUGGAAUUCUGUGGAAUCGUCUUCUCUUCAAAAAGCAUGGAAACCGCUCUUAGGCGACUUAAUUUUUCGCCAGUCGUUUCCUCGACAAGAGACCUAUAUGAAGCAAGGAGAAGAUCCUCUAUUCAUAGAUGAUGCAAUUCUCGGCGAAUCGGAUUCCCCAACUGAUUCGAUUACUUUCCCUGAUGAAAUCUGUGACCAAGUUUCUGAAUUGUUGUCGGACCCAGAUUAUUCUGUAGAAAAAUCAAGAGAAUAUCUCUUAAAAUGGUUUGAAAAUGAAGACAAUGAUAAUGAUUGUGGUUGGGAGUCACUAUCAGACAGUGACAUUAUAAGCCUUGUUACAACUCGCAGAUGCGAGCCACAAAGUUCAGCUAAAAUUAAAAACAGCGAAACUAUUCUUGAAGAUCCUGUCUUUGUCAACUUUGAUACAAAUGGCAGACGAGAGCCGGAAGUUUUUAUUAAGAUCGAAAAGAGUGAAACUAUUCUUGGGGAUCCUGUUUUUGUCAAUUGUGAUACAAACGGUAAACGCGACCCGGAAAUUGUGCCUAAAAUCGAAAAGAGCGAAACUGUACUUGAAGAUCCUGUUUUUGACAACUUUUUUUUAAAUUGUAGACGCGAGCCUGACAUUGAAAACAGUGAAACUGUUUCAGAAAAUCCUGAACCUAUAAAAAUAACUUCAUCCUCUGAGGCUUUUGAUCACCUCAUGAAGUAUAAAAAUUGGGCGAAAUCGCGAAGAGACUGCUUACCGAAAUACCUUGAUUAUAUUAGAGAAUUAGAGAACUGGACAUCUGAACAUGAGGUAUGUUCAUGGACAUAGGAACAGGUCGACCGGAAGUUAUACAAUUUUUCCUCUUUUUUUUGCAAUACUAGGCACUGAGGUAGCUAAAUUUUAUUUUUAAAAAAUACAUGAAUAAAAUUAUAAAAUUCAUUCUUUCUCGUUAGAUAAUUUAAGGCGUAUAUAGAGCUCUUCGAGGGCAAAAUAUUAUAUUGUAUAUAAGAAUCUAAUUGAAAUACUAACUAUAAAUUUAGUUAGCAAUAAAUUAUGUACUUGAAUAAAGUUGAUUUUCUCGUAAAAAA